GCCUCAAAAUGGUCUCCGCACAGCCUUUCCCCCGUCUAACCUCCGCAGAGAUUGACGGUCGGACUCAGAAUAUUCGAUAUCGCCAAACCCAAUUUCACCGGUUGCAAACAACUCUAGCUCUUCAUAUUGAACGGCUCAAAGAGGCCAUCCAGACAGAUUCUGGGCAUAGCACCGAAGAGAUCCAAGCAGAAAUAUGUCUUGCAUUCAAAGAGAUCCGGACACAUUACCUCUCCCUCGAUCUGGAGAAAGACGUCGAAGCCGAGUAUCGUGUCGUUCAUGGAAAGGAUAAUGUUGAUGGCAAGCGUGGUACUGGUAUAGUAUACAUCGUACCUUGCACGCACACAAUGUUCUUUUCUGUUAUUUCAGCCAUGAGCGCUGCGAUCGCUGCUGGAAACUGCGUUAUUGUCGAGCUCACGAAAAAUACCAUGGCUCUUCCAGCGGUGCUGAGGAAGAUCCUCCCCCAAUCUCUUGAUAACGACGCAUUCGCCAUUAGCGAAGAGAGACCAGACCCAUCCUUCCUCAGCAAAGUAUUCACAAUUUUCCAGAAUGAUAGCUCAGAUUUUUUGUCGGAAAAACGCCUUGUUUCUCCUAUCAACGACAGAACAGUCGCAGUCGUUGAUCGAACUGCCAACAUCCCGGAAGCAGCGCAGGCACUGGUGGGCUCGCGAUUUGCCUUUGGGGGACGAUCGCCAUAUUCUCCCGAUGUUGUUCUUGUUCAUGAAUUUGCCAUCAAGGCUUUCGCCGAGGCUGUUAUCCAACAUUCGUCCAAGUAUCUGGCCGGUCAGAAUGGCGAGGCCCGACAGACUGAGGGCACGACGCGACGGUCAAGUCCAGGGCCUUCUCUGCUCGAUGCGGCGCAAAGAGAUCAGGGUGUGCGUGUAUUGGUAUCGGGAACCAGCUGGGGUGUGAUAGAAGUGCAGGACCGGGCAUCCCCUCUUCUGAGGAAGAAAGUGAAUGAGAAGGUAUUGCUGCUCCACACCAUCACGAGUCUGGAUGAUGCAAUUGACCUCAGCAAUUCAAACGAAACUUUGGCUGCCACAUACGCAUUUGCUGCUCAUCCAGCUGCCAAAUAUCUCACACAAUUCAUCGACUCGCGAAUGUCGUGGAUCAACCACGUCUCAAGUGAAAUGCUCAUUGGCCCAACUUCUCCCACCAACACAACCCCCAACCUCGAAACCCGGUACUCAACCAGUCUCUUGCAAGUCCCUCGUCCUCAAAUCGUGAAGGAAACCAGCAAUGCAGCUUUAGUUCGAGCGAUUCUCGAAACAUCAAAUUCUAAAAAUGGUCGUGCGCUGUGGAACGAGACGAUUGCCCCGUUGCCACCGACGAGACAAAAGGCCGGAUGGAAGAUUGGAUUUUUCGAGCAGGGAAUUAUCACGGGAGGAGUUAUUUUUCUGACGACAGUGUCUAUGCUGGGGUAUUAUGCAUUCACAUAUGCGAGGAGAUUGCGAUAGCCCGGAGAAGUUGUAUAUAUGAGUCUUGAUAAUAAGUUGAUAAAUUUACGAUGGUAUAAACAUGUUCUGAAUAGCUAGUUCAUUA